AUGAAGGUCUCAAUCACCCUUACGGCAUUGCUUUCUAUGGCUUCGACUAUAUACGGAUGUGAUCUUUACAAAUUCUGCCAUUGCUACGAUUCAAAUGGAAUGCCGAACGACAAGGCCACUCAGAAGGUGUGCCCAGGCAAUAUAGAGAAAAGAACCGAGUUCGGGGUCACAUUUGACGAAUGCCACCAUCACAAGUGGAGGGGGCUUGGUUAUGAGGUAUUAGGUAACUGCAAGUUCCGAGAAUCUUGCCAAUGGGCGGGGGCGACUGGGACGGACUCUAGCUGCAGAGCCAAGGUCGAUGAUAUUUUUGGCACCAGCCGAAUUUGA